AGCUGCACCCCUCUUCUUCUUGGCACACAAACAUGGAGUAAAUACGGAGGCACACUCAUUAUAUUUGUAUGUCCACUGCUUCAAAAGAAACCAAAAUACAGAUUUACAUUGAGAUGACUCCCGUUGACUUUUAAGAUGAAUUGUGGCCACGCAUCACCAGAAGUGCUGAGGGGAAAAACGAUGAAAGGAGCACCCUCGGGCAAAGUUGUCCUUUGAGCCUCUGAGAAGUCGACCCUUUGGCUUUUUCCCCCUCUGGAGUUUGCCUCACGGACAGCAUGCAGGAGAACCGUGUCUCUCGUUGGUAUUUUGGUGGGGUCUCGUCCAGUGCAGCAGCCUGUGUAACCCAUCCACUGGAUUUGAUAAAGGUCCACUUGCAAACACAGCAGGAAGUGAGGAUGAGGAUGAUUGGGAUGACUCUUAACGUAGUGAGAAGAGAGGGUUUUCUGGCUCUCUACAGCGGGCUCACUGCUUCCCUCUGCCGGCAGAUGACAUAUUCUUUGUCACGAUUUGCCAUUUACGAGACCGUCAGGGAUAAGAUGAAGAGAAAAAAUAAAGGUCCUAUGCCUUUCCACCAGAAAGUCCUCCUGGGUGCCUUUGGAGGUUUUACAGGUGGUUUCAUUGGGACCCCAACUGACCUGGUGAAUGUAAGAAUGCAGAAUGACGUCAAGAUGGCAGCAGAGUUCAGAAGAAAUACCCACGAACUUCUGACCACAACUCUCGCCUGCUACGACCAGUCCAAAGAGUUGGUUCUGGCUACUGGUUACUUGACUGACAACAUCUUCACUCACUUCCUGGCGAGUGUGUUUGCAGGUGGCUCUGCUACAAUCCUCUGUCAACCACUGGAUGUUGUUAAAACAAGAUUAAUGAAUUCAGAAGUUCAGUAUGUGAGUGUGUCUCACUGCUUAACAGAAACAGCAAAGCUGGGGCCGAAUGCGUUCUACAAGGGUCUUGUUCCUGCAGCUAUCCGCCUCAUCCCUCACACAGUCUUAACCUUCAUAUUCCUCGAGCAGCUGAAGCAGCAUUUUGGUGAGAUGGUCAUUACCUGAGGGUGCCAUAAGAAAGUUAUCCUACGGCCACGGCUAUUCCUUCAGGAUUUUAAUGGCUCUCCAUGCUGCACAGGUUGAUCUCGACAAACUGAGCUGGGGUCGAGCGGAACCCUCAAAAGUCCGAGACGGAAAGAAAAUCUUCAUGCUACGUUGUGUAAUAACUUGUGUAAUAACAUCCAAAGCUCCAGACAAAAACGUGGUGACGAAACGUAGUGUUUCUUAAAAACGGAGAUGGUUUAAAUUAUUUACAUUCACCACUGUGCUACUUCACUUGUCAUGAACUGUGCAACUAUAAAUAUCACCUAAGGUUAUAUAAGGCUAAUAAAGUAAUAAAUGGAUUUCCAUUAAAUUCAAAA